CUAAUUUCUAGUCAACGGCGAGGCUAAAAUUAACAAUUGGCUGUCAAAAGCAAGAAAAGAAAAACACGGGAAAUUGUUAAUUAAAAUCGUGACCCACAUCAGCGCAUUCAACCCCCGGACGCAGAGAUGACGUGGAAGAAGCAGAUGGCGCUGCUGGCCAAGCCAUACUACUGGGUGAACAUCCUGCUGGCCAUAUCGUACCUUUUAGCCAAAAAGACGCAGUUCAUCUGCACCCGCCUAUUUAUUCUCGCCGGAGAGGAUGAAGCAUGCGACCUGGACAGUCGUGAGGUGGAAAUCUUGUUCUUCCUGCUGAUCGUGGUGAUGAUACGGUCACGCAAAACGGGCAGUGUCACCAUGAUCAACUACUUGGCCUCGUCGUUCCUCUACACCAAGGUGGCCAACGCCAUUUUGUGGGCCUACGCGGACUUUCGCUACGGCCUGGGCUUUCUGCUGCUCUGCGUCCUGGUGGGCAUGGUGCUGCCGGAGCCCUCGUACCGCGGACCAGAGCACAUCACCUACUUCCGCAACGCACAGGUCUUCGAGGAGGAGUUGGCCAGGGACAAGCGAACCAGCUGGCUGAUCUGCUUCUACACGGUGUGGAAUCCCAGCUGUGUGAACUUCGCCCCCGUUUUUGCCGAGCUCUCUGCGGAGUACAACACGGACCACCUGAAGUUCGGCAAGAUUGACAUUGGACGCAUCCCGGACGUGGCCCAAAAGUAUCGCAUCUCGGACAGCAGCUUCUCCCGUCAGCUACCCACUGUGAUCCUGUUCCAACAGGGCAAGGAGACGGACCGCAGGCCCUGCGUCGAUUCCAAGGGCAAACUGCAGAAGUUCUUCUUCUCCAGCGACAAUGUGCGCGCCACCUUUGGCCUUAACCAGCUGUACAAGGAGGCCGUGGAACGACUACCCAUUGCGCCCAAGGAGGCCAAGAAGGUCCAGUAGGCUGUCCUGGCCACCACUGGUGCCAUCUCAUUUCUACGUGCACGUGCUAAUAACUGUUAUUCGUUUAGUUCAUAGUUUAUUUUAACUUAUUGAGGAGCUGCCACCGCCGAAGACACGUACAAUUGCACUAAUAAUUGCAUUCUAAACUCAGACGUGCUCUCGUCGCGAUGCCAUUGUAGAAUAUAUUUGUAUGAUCUUGCAUUUGCAUAAAUUGUAGCUUAUCACCCAGGUACCAAAUAUAUUUAAAAAUGUGAAAUGAGUCAACGAAGUUACAAGUUUCUUCUUAAUUCCCAGCCGAGUCUAAA